CGUCGGCUGGCUGAUGCCCACUCCGGUCCGGACAUGGCGGCGACGGGUCCGGCGCUGGGGGCAGGCAUGCGGAGCUGGAGUGAAGUCCGGCGGCAAGCGACAGCGGCGCUGGCCUCCACCCAUGCGGCUCGUCCCAGGCUGAGAGGACUUAUGAGAGAUGGGCAAUCCUUGCAAGGUCUGCAAGGGAAUGGAGUUCAUCGGAAGAAAUAACAUUUGUGUACGCUGUGCGAAAGACAGAGCUUCGUCCUCUGCUGCACCUGUGAUUGAUGGAUCUGGUGAAGGUGACAGCAAUACCUCAAGGCGUCAUGGAAAACAACUGAAGAGGGCAGUAACAUCUUCUCCAUCUCAGGAAUUUUCAGCACAAGACAAUGAAGUCGGAUGAUCUUCCACAGGAAGGCCCUGGGCAUGAUAAUUUCCUUCUUGGAAGACCUGAUAUUGUCCCAAUCCAAGGACAUGGCAGUCUUCUAGAAUAUGAGUCUGUGGAGCCAGAAGAUGGGCAAUCACCUCCAGAAACUGAUUGUGGGCUAAUUCUUAGGGGUUGUCUAUCUGGAGCACAAAGUGAGAGACUAAAUGCGCUUAUCCAGAAAGUUAAACCUGAAACUGUUGUAUUCGUGGCUGUCAUGAAAAAUAGUGAUGUUCAAUCACCUCGUCCUCUUCUGAUCAUCUCGAAGGAACGCACAUUAGUUGAAGCUGCACAGUUUCCACAUGAAAAUGGAAUGCCUGUCACACUUCAAAUUCCAGACAAGAGUGAGAAGUGGCAUCCAAGAUUCUACAUGGAAAAAGGCGAGGGCAUGCUUGCAGGUGAUUGGUUAGGCUUCGUAUGUGACAACAAUGUGCAGGUGGGAGAUAUGUGCAUCUUUGUACCAUCAACGGGUAGUGAAGGUUCCAUGUUUACGGUCCAUAUACUUGCAAAAGCAACUCCUCCAAGGGGUGUUACAAACAUUCUCUCAAGACAUGGUACAAAGGAUGCAAUGACUGAUUUAGCAGUAACUAAAGUGGAGCCUUCUCAUGGAGGAAAUGUUUCCCCGGAAAGCGACAUUCAUGGUUUUCCUCAUGAUAGUCUAGAUGGCAAGGACACUCAUUCUUCUGAGCAACCUUCUUUGAUCCUACCGUGGAGAACCAGUCUAACUACUACUCAGCGGAAGAUAGUUGAUGAGAAAUGUCAAGCUAUUGGAUCCAAGUAUCGCCUAUAUGUAGCAACAUUGAACUCAAGCAGCCUUCAGAAGAAGCAAUUUGAAUUCGGUCAAGACUAUGCCCAUGCCGUACAUCUUCCAGCUAAAACUACAGAUGUGAUACUCAAAUCGAACGGGAAAGACUGGGAAACCAAGAUGUCUUGCAGGAAAGGCAAUAAUAACUCAAACAGAUGGAUGCUUGUUAGUGGUUGGGGCGACUUCAUGCGUGGCAACGAAGUGCGGGAGGGUGGCCUGGUUGACGGAGACAUGCUCCUGUUCGAACUCAAGUCGAUGAACGAGAAGGAGAUUACCAUGGAGGUCCAUGUCGUUCCCAGAGAAAAUCUCUAGUUUCUGUUUUCUAAUGCAGAAUCUGCAUGCUCGUCCUGUUUAGCACUCUGAAAUCAAGCUAUGGCUAAUCUGAUGGACCAAAAUAAAUAUAAUAAAACCAUCUUGAGAGCUUUGUUUACUUUUUCUAU